CUCCUGGCGUGGCCAGCGCCGCCGCGCCGCAGCCGAUGCAGCCGAUGAUGUCAUACCAGGUUCAACCUGGCAACCCUGCCAUGCGACCAUUCUCUCCGAUCCCUAACGGUUACGCUCCAGCUCCGACUGUAACUCCCGCGGUGUCUUGAUUGAAUUCAUUGAGAAAGGUUGGAGGGCUUCAUAUUGCUUAAAGACACCUCUCUACAAACAACUCAUUUUUUGAAACCGACAAUGUUUGCAACUGAAUGAAUGCACACGUUGGCCUUGUGUCAUGAGGUAUUGCAAUCUUUUCUCUCUAUUGCAGUUUCAUUUAAUUUUUUAUGCUGCAAGGCAUGCUGCUGUAUAAAAAAGAACAUAUAAUUCAACUAAAAUUUCUUCUUAUUAAACCAUACGUACCAUAAGAUUAUGCAAGUUACUAUUUGCUAUUGGUGGAUGGGAUAGUUUGAGAAGCCUGCUAUGUUUCAAGUUGUCAGACAAAGGUAAGCACUUUUAACACAUUGUGUGAAUUUCAAACUCGAUAGAAUUUGUUAUUAUUCUCUUCAGGUUGUCAUUUCAGCUGGUGAUUGUUGGCUGUGCUGCCAUCUCUGUUAUGCUUUUGAUGUGUGGUAACAUCAUUCCAUUGUUCUUGUCACAUUUUUUUCUGGCAUAUAUCUUUAGUGUUAUACUGAUUUGUUUAUGGUGCAUACAUAUUCAUUCAUAAUCUGCUCUAAUAUAUUUGCAUAGAUGUUUUUCUACUCUGUACAGGAAUUCCUCGUUAUCCCCCUCCUUAUGGAACUAUGAUUCGUCCUGUCUUUCCUCCACGCCCUCCUGGAGCAGUUAACAUACCUCCAAUAUCACGUCCACCUGUAGCAGGGAUCCCUACUGUUCGCCCAAUUAUUCCUCCUGUUGUCAGACCUAUGGUAGCCCCUAGUGCUACCCCAGCUGAGAAGCCUCAAAACACGGUUUACAUUGGCAAGAUUGCAUCAACUGUGGAAAAUGAGUUCAUGCUCUCUCUCCUUCAAUUAUGUGGAACUAUCAAGACCUGGAAACGUCCUCAAGAUUUAUCCACUGGAACUCCUACCAGUUUUGGGUUUUAUGAGUUUGAGUCUGCAGAAGGGGUUCUCCGUGCCUUGCGACUCCUUACUAAAUUGAAUAUUGACGGGCAAGAACUGAAGGUCAACGUGAAUCAAGCCAUGAAAGAACACCUAGAGCGGUAUGUUCAGAAAAAAGCUGAGAACUUGAACAAGGAAAGUCAGGCAGGAGUAGUUGAAAAAGAUGAAGGCGAACAAACUUCUAAUGCAAAUGAGGGUAUAAAGGCUGAGAAAGAAUCCUCAAAUAAAGUGGACAGUGAAUCAGUAAAUAAGGAACAUGAUGUGACAAACUUUGGGAUUGUCACUGAUGAAGAUAGAGAAGGGGAUCGUGAGGCUUUAGAAAAAAUCACAAAGAUGAUAGAGGAAAGGUUGAAGACAAGACCUUUGCCUCCACCACCUGCACAGCGAAGUGGUGAUGGUUCUGUGAAUUUAACCUCAGAACAACCUGUUAAAACAAGAGAGGGAGAUUCUGUUGAUACAGAGAAGAAUGAAUCUGCUGAAAAUAAAAGUGAGAAAGAGACAAACAGUGAUAAACCUAGCAGUGAACGGGAUAGGUCUGAAAGCCCUGAUAGAAGGCAUGACAGAAAAAGCAGAGAGAGGGACCGAGAUAGGGAAUUAAAACGAGAAAAGGAAAGAGAACUUGAAAGAUAUGAGAGAGAAGCAGAGCGGGAACGUGUUCGGAAAGAAAGGGAACAAAGACGAAGAAUUGAGGAGGCUGAACGUCAAUAUGAAGCAUAUUUGAAGGAAUGGGAGUAUAGAGAACGAGAGAAAGAGAAAGAGCGCCAAUAUGAAAAAGAGAAGGAGAAGGAAAGGGAACGUAAAAGGAGAAAGGAGAUACUUUAUGAUGAAGAGGAUGAGGAUGAAGAUUCUAGGAAGAGGUGGCGUAGAAGUGCGAUAGAGGAGAAGAGGAAGAAGAGGUUGCGUGAGAAGGAAGAUGACAUGCUUGACAAACUAAAGGAAGAGGAAGAAAUUGCUGAGGCUAAGAAGAAGGCUGAGGAGGAACAAAAGCGGCAAAGCGAUGCUUUAAAACUAUUAACUGAGCAUGUGGUAAAUGGUGGUAAUGAAAAUAUGAUUACUGAAGAGGUUACUAAUGAAGUCAAAAGCAAUGUUACUGAACAAGAUACUGUAGCUGAUUAUAGUCGUGAAGAUCAUACUGGUGAUGGGAAUGUACUAAAUGUCACCAGUGAUGAAUUAACUAUAGUUACUCCAACUGAUACACAAGGUAAUGCUCCUACAAAAAAAUUGGGAUUUGGCCUAGUUGGUUCAGGGAAAAGAACAACUGUGCCUUCUGUUUUCCAUGAAGAGGAGGAUGAUGAAGCACACAAGGACAAAAAAAUGAGGCCAUUGGUUCCAAUUGAUUACUCAACUGAAGAAUUGCAGGCUGUUCAACCUACAGUGCCUGGUCCAACACCACCAAAUUUGGCUGCUGCGGCCGAAUUUGCAAAGCGUAUAUCCAGUACAAAUUUCAAGGAAGAUAAGCUGGAUGGAGAACGGGAUAGAAGUAGGCGUUCAAAUGAUAAGUCUAACCACCGUGAUAGGGACAGAAAUGAUGAAGAUGGUACUCACAACAGAGAUGAAAACAAGGAGAGAAUUCCUGAACGUGACAGGGAUCGAGAUCAUGGAUCAGAGAAACUUAAGACUUCUGAUAACAAGAGGCUUUUGGAUGCUAAACAAUUGAUUGAUAUGAUACCGAAGACCAAGGAGGAGUUGUUCUCGUAUGAGAUAGACUGGGCAGUAUAUGAUAAGCAUCAACUACAUGAAAGAAUGAGACCGUGGAUUUCAAAGAAAAUCAAAGAGUUUUUGGGGGAAGAAGAGACUACAUUGAUAGAUUAUAUUGUUUCUAGUACACAAGAACAUGUGAAAGCAUCCCAAAUGCUUGAGCGUCUUCAGAUUAUUUUGGACGAAGAGGCUGAAAUGUUCGUUCUGAAGAUGUGGAGGAUGCUUAUCUUUGAAAUAAAGAAGGUAGAGACAGGUCUAGCUCUGAGGUCAAAAUCAUGAUUUUUCAGUUGUUGUAUGUUGUUUCGUCACUUUUUCUAUUGGAUUGAUACCAUGACCCUUGACAUGGCUUUACCCUAAAUUGUAAAAUGGCUGCAUUAUCGUAAAAUUGCUUCAACAUUCAAGUAGUUAUUCGGAUAAACCUGUCAUCCAUGAGAAUCUGGUGGCAAUUUUUGUCAUGUGAAUAGUUUAGAACUUUGAACUUUUUCUAUAAUCAUCCUGGACUUGUGCUUUCUUUUCCUAGCAAAUAAGUCAAAAAGAAUACUUCACCUUUA